CAACAGCAACGGCUGCGGGAGCGAAGCGUUCUUCCCUCCGUGUGUCCAGUAACGUGUGCUAGAGCUGAAACUCCAGACGAAAAUGGCAAAACCCAGCGAGCUGACAGUCUUAUUAUGAAGAAGAUAAAGAAAAAAAAGAAAAAGAAACACCGGGAAGACGUGAGGGGGAAACGCCUGAAGAUGUACAACAAAGAGGUGCAGACCGUGUGCGCUGGGCUCACCCGCAUCGACAAAGAGACUCUGUCUCAAGGCCAGUGUGACAGCUUGGAAAUGAACAAGGAGUCCUUCAGGUACCUGAAGGAUGAGCAGCUCUGCAGACUGAAUUUGGGGAUGCAGGAGUAUCGGAUACCCCAGGGAGUACAAACACCGUUUGUGACACACCAGGAGCACUCUGUUCGCAGCAGCUUCCUGAAGACUGGCACUAAAUUUAGUAACUUCAUUCACGAGGAACACCAGUCCAAUGGAGGGGCUCUGGUCCUGCAUGCCUACAUGGAUGAACUCUCAUUUUUGUCUCCAGUGGAGAUGGAGAGAUUUGCAGAAGAGUUUCUUGCGUUGUCGUUCAGUGAAAAUGAUAAAAAUGCAGCUUACUAUGCCUUAGCCAUAGUCCACGGAGCAGCUGCUUAUUUACCAGACUUCCUGGAUUACUUUGCUUUUAACUUUCCUAACACUCCAGUGAAAAUGGAAAUUUUGGGCAAGAAGGACAUUGAAACAACAACAAUUUCAAAUUUUCAUUCUCAGGUCAAUCGGACGUACUGCUGUGGCACCUACAGAGCAGGACCCAUGCGGCAGAUCAGCCUGGUCGGAGCAGUGGAUGAAGAAGUGGGGGACUACUUCCCAGAAUUUCUAGAUAUGUUGGAAGAAUCUCCAUUUCUUAGAAUGACUCUGCCCUGGGGGACUCUUUCCAGUCUCCGACUCCAGUGCCGGUCCCAGAGCGAUGACGGGCCCAUCAUGUGGGUGAGGCCAGGAGAGCAGAUGAUCCCCACAGCUGAUAUGCCAAAAUCGCCCUUCAAACGGCGCCGGUCGAUGAACGAGAUAAAGAACCUGCAGUACCUACCUCGGACCAGCGAGCCCCGCGAGGUCCUGUUUGAGGACAGGACGAGAGCUCACGCCGACCACGUGGGGCAAGGCUUUGACUGGCAGAGCACGGCUGCUGUCGGGGUCCUGAAGGCUGUGCAGUUUGGGGAAUGGAGUGACCAGCCUCGUAUAACCAAAGAUGUGGUUUGCUUUCAUGCUGAAGACUUCACUGAUGUUGUGCAGAGACUUCAGCUGGACCUCCAUGAACCUCCAGUGUCACAGUGUGUUCAAUGGGUGGACGAAGCCAAACUAAACCAAAUGAGACGGGAAGGCAUUCGCUAUGCUAGAAUUCAGUUGUGUGACAAUGACAUCUACUUCAUCCCUAGAAAUGUCAUUCAUCAGUUCAAAACAGUGUCAGCAGUCUGCAGCUUAGCCUGGCACAUCAGACUUAAACAGUAUCACCCCGUGGUGGGGGAGAAUUCUCCAAAUGCAGACAGCAAUUCAAGCCUCAACAGUAAUAUUCCUGGAAAGACAGAGGCAGAAGGUGAACCCCAAGGUGUGAGUGUAAAAAUAGAGUCUGAAGACCCAGGUAUAGAAGUUCAGCUUACCCCAGGGGUGCUCUCCUCCUCUGUUUCUUCAAUAUCAGGACUUGUGCAACCAGAUCAGGUGGCCCAGCCCCUUCCAGGUUUUAAAAUAGAGUCUGAUCAGCAACACAAUCCACAGGAUCAUGCAGGCUCUUCUAUUCCAGGCUCUACCUUUGCCAAAGCCAAGCCUGAAAUUCCCUGGACGUCGCUAACGCGGAAGGGGAUUGUGAGAGUUGUGUUUUUCCCCUUGUUCAGUCAGUGGUGGAUACAAGUCACUUCCCAGAGGAUUUUUACGUGGCUCCUGGUGCUCUAUGUUAUGCAGGUGGUGGCGGUGCUGCUCUACCUCCUGGUGCCCGCGGGGAGUGCCAGCGAGGUGAUGGGCCCGCUGUGCCUGAUGCUGCUGCUGGGGACGGUUCACUGCCAGAUCGUGUCCACGCAGGUGAACAGACCUGCCGGGAGCAACGGGCUGAGCCGGCGCCGCAGGAAAUUACGCAAAUCUGUGGGCGUGGAUGGGAACAGUUGGUCUUCUGACAAAAGCAGCAAGGAAGAGCAGUCUGGCUCUGCAUCAGUGCUUACCAAUUUAUCCAGCCUGCUUUUCCAGAGGAGGAACAGAAGAGUGAAGUUGGUAGCUGAGAAAGGGACCGAGACAGAGAGUGGUGUGAGUGUUGUGGGUGAUGGCAUUAAACCCAGGCAGGCCAGAUCUGAGCACAGGCUGCUGCACUCCAAAGAGAAAAGUAAACUUUCUGACGGGGAGAAGAGCCAGCAGGAUGAAGGCACCAACAGGGAUGGCAUUUCGGACGAGCUGUCGAGCGAGGAGGACGCUGUGGCACGAAGGGUCCUGUUACGCCGGAGCAUGGAAGGGGCCUCCAGUGACAACAGCUACGAGGAGAAGAAGAAGAGGCCUCUGCCUUCUCUGAACCAGGCUGUCUCGCAGGUCAAGCAAGCCCUGAAAGGUGCCAGAGACUCUGACAGUGUCGUGGAAUCGGAACUGGAAUCUACGUUGUAUGUUCAGGACUCGAGGCCCUGCCUUGGCGUGGGGUCCCGGAGCUGCAGCGUGAGCCGGCGGGACUCGGAGAGCACCCGGCAGGACUCGGAGACCGAGGACAUGCUGUGGGAUGACCUCCUGCACGGCCCUGAGUGCCGCUCCUCCUGCACCAGCGACAGCGAGGACGCCGCCAGGGACCCCCGCAGGGACCCCAAGGAGGACGUGUUCCAGCAGAACCAUUUGUUCUGGCUGCAGAACACCAGCCCAGCAUCUGCCAAAGUGAGUGCUCUGAUCUGGGAAGGGAACGACUGCAAGAAGGUGGACAUGUCCGUGCUGGAGAUCAGUGGGAUUAUCAUGAGCAGGGUGAAUGCCUACCAGCAAGGAGUGGGGUAUCAAAUGCUGGGAAACAUCAUCACCAUCGGAUUGGCGUUCCUGCCCUUCCUCUACAGGCUCUUCCGCUUGGAUAACCUGGAGCAGCUCUGCUCCAUUUCUCUCAAGGAGCUCUUGUACAUCUUCUGUGGAGCCCCUGCCAGCGCCCCUGUCAUUGUCCUGUCUGCCAUCAACUUCCUGGAAAGGCUCUGCUUAACCUGGAUGUUUUUCUUCAUGAUGUGUGUUGCUGAGAGAACCUACAAACAGAGGUUUUUGUUUGCCAAGCUUUUCAGUCACAUCACCUCUGCUCGGAAAGCCAGGAAAUACGAAAUUCCUCACUUCAGGCUCAAGAAGGUGGAGAACAUCAAGAUCUGGUUAUCCCUUCGCUCCUAUCUGAAGAGACGAGGCCCCCAGAGGUCUGUGGAUGUUGUUGUGUCCUCAGUCUUUCUGCUGGCUCUUUCAAUUGCUUUUAUAUGCUGUGCUCAGGUUCUUAAGGGCCACAAAACCUUCCUAAAUGCAGCUUACAACUGGGAGUUCCUGAUGUGGGAGGCAGCACUGCUUCUCUUUUUACUACGUCUGGCAUCUCUGGGCUCUGAAACCAACAAGAAAUACAGUAACAUUUCCAUCUUGCUCACUGAGCAGAUAAACUUGUACCUGAAGAUGGAGAAGAAGCCAAACAAGAAGGAGCAGCUGUCUCUGGUAAACAAUGUUCUGAAACUGUCCACAAAGCUGCUGAAGGAACUGGAUAGUCCCUUCAGGCUGUAUGGACUGACCAUGAACCCCCUGAUCUACAACAUCACACGGGUUGUCAUCCUCUCUGCUGUCUCAGGAGUUAUCAGUGACCUUCUAGGGUUCAAUAUCAGAUUAUGGAAAAUUAAACCAUGAACUGACAGAACAUCAGCCCUGGGCAUCUCCACCAGAGAGAAGAGAACCUCAGGUGUGGGCAGAAAGCAGAAAACUGAUGGAAAUCUGUAAUUACAGCUUUCAAACAGAUUCUCAGUGUUAUCAGAAGUUUUCUUUCUGCUUUACUGUUCUACACCACCCAGAACCAACUGGUCUCACCAGUGAUGUCAUCCCAUGGCAUGCACACAGAAAAACUGCAUUAAUGGGGCCAAAUCCUGGCAGCUGGCACUGAAACCAGCAGGAACUGGUGUGGGACAUCAAACCCUGAAGCCAUACAAGAGCUGCAGCUGGAGGGACACCAAUGGCUGUGACUGGUGCCACGUUCCUGCAAACCCUGAAUCCUGGAAUGUGACAAGGAGGGAGUCAGCCCUCCCAUCCCAGUCAGCCUUCCUGGAGCUACACUGGAAUAUUGCAGCUCGAUCAUCCUUAGCUGCACUUGUCUGGCUGUGCUGAGGAGAGUCUCAAUCCUUAAAAGCUCCACGUGCUUGAGGCUUUGCCUCUGUCCUGGACCACUGCAGGAUGUGAAUUCCAGCUCAGGAUGUGAAUUCCACCCCUCCCUGCUGCCACUCCAGCAAUACCAGAGUCCUGCUGUUGGCUUAGGCUGGGGCUGCUGCGAAGAAAUGAUGAGUAUUUUUCUGAAAACAUUAAUUACAGGAGAAAAACCUCUCCACAAAUACUACAGGGAAAGUGUUUAUGAGCCGUAGAACAUUUUGCCAGGUCUGUUCCCUGGAACACUCCACUCCAUCCUGUCCUGCCUGAGAACAGCUCUGGCAAAGACCUCCUCAGGUUAGUGUUUAGAAAGGGCAGAGGAGAGAAAGAAAACAUUUUAAAGCUUCUGUUAUAUUUCCCUUCACUGGCUCUAUCAGCUUCUAUUUAUUAGUAAUGAAAAGAGCAAAAACUGAGGAACUUUUCAGAGCUUCAUUCUUUCACAGGAGGGUAAGAUGGCAGAAGCAUUUUUGGUAGUAAAUUGUUUACAGCUAUUUUCUGUACAAGGAAAAGUUGUGAGAUGUAAAAGGAGAUGACAAUUUUAUAUAGCAAAAUGUACAAAUAAACCUACAGGACAAGUAUUUCAUCAUUACCCACUGUUUUCUACAUCUAUA